CGAAACCCUUUACCCGACUUACCCUGAACCUUUUCGAGAGGGGGCAGCGCCUCGCCCUCUCCACCCUGCUUGGCGAUUGAACCGUUUUCGUCCUUAUGCCUCCUGGUCCCCUGUCCGAACAGCCUUGCCGUCUCAGUUUGCGACUACUCACCACCGAUCGGCUAUCUAUGGCCGUCAACUGAGGGGCCGAAUACUCAGGAUUUCCGCGAUAAGUGUUGGUGGAGAUGGAGGACAGCCAUAUACUGGGUGACGACCUGCCACUCCCACCGGCCCGCCUUUUCGAGAGGUUGGGACAUCUGCCUGGAUAUACAUGGGAUCAGACUAUUGAGCCGUUUCAUUCGACAUAUAAUCACUGGCAUGUCUUUGGCCUCCGACAUGCCGCAGAGUCAGAUGUCUCUACACCUGCCGCGACCUCGUCGGGCCCCUCAAGCCUGGCUCGCAAUUCCCCGCGAACCGAAUCCCGCCCUCCAUUCCGACAUCACUGGAGAAGCAGCCUAAGCGAAUCCAGUAGCGAGCUCUCCCUUUCUCGCAUGGAUCACGAGUCAAUAUGGAUUCCAGUGUUAGCGCGAGUCUCGUCUCACGUUGUGAGGCUAGAGCGCGAGUUCCAUAUGCUCAGAUCUAUCGUGCAGACUUCCGAUCCAGAUUGCAACCAUACUAUACGCCCUAUAGACCUUAUACGCUUGCCCUCCGACCCGGGUGAUGCAGGCCCUCUCCUCGUGGCUAUCUUCGAAUCCCCGGGCCAGAAUAUGUUGCGAGAAAUGGUCGCUUUUGGUCCUGCCUGGUUUGCGGCCGGUGGUAGGACUGACAGCAAUGAGCCGACGCCAGGAGAACAAGUCUCUCUUUCCACCUUUCUUGAUUUUGCGAUUGGUGCUUGCGAUUGCUUGGAACUUUUACACUACGGCCUCAAGACGGUACACGGCGAAAUCCGCGGGGAUGCCUUCCAUUUCAAUCGAGAGGCGGGGUCUGUGAAGCUUACCAACACGGGAAAUGGUGCUAGGUCUUUCGAUAAUAUCCUGAGCGAAGGCUGGUCAUCCCUCUCAAAGGAGCUUGGUGUCAAGAAUAAGCUACAAUUUAUCGCUCCGGAACAAACGGGAAGAAUGCCUACGGAGCCGGAUAGUCGAACGGACAUCUAUGCUUUGGGCGUGCUUUUCUGGACGAUGUUGGUUGGUAAACCGGCCUUCACGGGCAGCGACCCUGUUGAAGUCGUACAGAACGUACUGGGAAAGAAGCUACCACCGCUCUCGGCCAAGAGAAUGGAUGUCCCCGACGCAGUGUCAGCUGUAAUCCAGAAGAUGACACAGAAAGCUGUCAAUGAACGCUACCACACCAUAUCAUCUGUCAAGCGAGAUCUGGCACAGAUCUCCCAGUUGCUUGGGGAUGGUGAUAGUGAAGCAUUGAAAGACUUCCAGAUCGCUCAGCGUGAUGUGUCGUCUUUCUUUACGCUUCCCUCUCGCAUGUUUGGGCGCGGAGAGGAAUAUGACAAGAUCAUCAACGUUGUCGAGAAGGUUCAUAGGCGCCAGCAAGCUGCGUAUGCGAGAGCAGCUGCUCAGACAUCCAGUGGAGUAGGAUCCAACUCUUCUGUCUCCGACGGUCGGGUUGAUAGCUUUGAGAUUGCAUCUGGCUCGAGCGACUCAGGCUCCUUCAAUCUUGCGUCCAGGGCAGCUUCCAACGGUGGCGCUUACAACCUAGGCCGCACAUCUACGCACGAAUCUCUGCACAGCACGGAUUCUUCUCCUUCAACUCCUAAACCCGGAGACUCGUCAGGCAAACCCAGGAGCCCUGUGGAGUCUCGCGCAUCCUGGGAGAAUGUAGACAGAGAUGGCCAUCCCUCUGCUGGAACAAGCACGCAGAGCCAUGGUGAUUCUAUCGGAUCUGUUGCCAGGGCGAAGGCUGCACACAAGGUUCGCCGCGCCGGAAAAUGCGAAGUAAUUACCAUAAGCGGUGCGGCUGGCAUUGGAAAGACCGACCUUCUGAACCGUGUUCAGCCCGCAAUUCGUAAACUUGGAUAUAUCGGUAUAGCCCGUCUGGAUCGCGCCAGGCGGAUCCCAUUUGAACCUUUCGCCAAAAUUCUGGCCAGCCUUCUCCGCCAGAUCUUUUCUGAACGCGAUGUGACAACUGAAUACCACAAUAACAUUCGCACUGCGUUGAGACCAAUGUGGCCAACAUUACACCGUGUGCUGGAACUCCCGGAGCAGCUCAUGUCAUCGGGAGGAAAUGAAAGACAAAUUUCGCCCAGACUUUCGGCAGCGCAACACAUCUUCAAGGAGGUUUCGACCAAGGGCGAACCAUCCAAGCGCGUUGCACUCCCAAGUCUGGAUCAUGGUCAAAGCUCUGUGGACUUCUUUCUAUCUAAUGCCGCACUGAAGAACAUGCGGUUGAUGGAGACGUUUUUGGAGAUACUGCGGACUCUAUCCCAGUACCGAUUGAUCUGCGCUUGUGUGGACGACUUGCAUUAUGCCGAUGACGAGACCCUGGAGUUGAUCAUGAACAUCGUGAAAGCUAAAAUUCCAUGUGUAUUGAUACUCACAAGCCGGAAGUCUGAGCUGGAAUCGAAUAUUAUCAGGCCGCUCUUCGAUUCUGAGAAUUCCAGUGUGACGCGCGUCGUACUCAAGCCUCUUGGAGAGGAAGAGAUCAUGCAAAUUGUGGCCGCUACAAUGCAUCAGGAACCCAACCCGAUGUUAACUCCGCUUGCCGCUGUCAUACAGGAAAAAAGCAUGGGCAAUCCGUUCUUUGUCCGAAUGAUGCUCGAAACCUGCUAUAGCAAAAACUGUAUCUGGUAUUCAUGGAAGAAUUCUGUGUGGGAAUUCGACUUGGAUCGGAUCUUCACCGAAUUUGUGGCUCCUAGGUAUGGCGAAGGGCUUGGGCUAGGGUUCAUUGCAAGGCGCCUCCAGGAAAUUCCUCCGGCCGCCAGGUCCAUCAUGGUCUGGGGCGCAUUGCUAGGAAGCCCGUUUGCGUUCUCUCUGGUACAAAAACUUCUUACAAGCGAGUUCUUGUAUUCCAGCGAGGACGACGAGGCUGUAGACCUUACCUGUCCUCAGAAUGCAAAUCUAAUCCGACAAACUGAAGCCGAUAUGGUUGUCGGUCUACAGUAUCUUGUGCAAGCAAACCUGAUCAUUCCGGGAAAGACGGACGAUGAAUUUAGAUUUGUCAAUGAUCGCUUUUCGCAAGCGGCCCUUUCGUUGACAGAGGGACGGAAUGUUGAAAAAAUGCAUUUCAUCAUAUCCCAGGCAAUGAUGAAGUACUACCAUGAUGGCCGCAGUCGAUACGCAAUGGCGCGACAUGUGGCUCUGGCGUCUCGGAUUAUCAAGUCUCGUGUCGUAGAGAGACUUGAAUAUAGAAAGAUCUUAUGGGAUGCGGCGCAAACCGCUGCGCAAUCGGGUGCGCGUCCAACAGCGCUUUGGUACUUCCGGCACUGCAUCACUUUCCUUCAAGACAAUCCUUGGGAUGACAAUAACGCUGAUGUGUACUACCGGGAGACUUUGCGUCUGCAUAUUGCCACGGCUGAAAUGUCUUGGUCUCAAGGCCAUAACACGGAAGCUUUGGACCUGCUAGAUAAAGUCUUCGAACAUGGAAAGAGUGCCGUCUGCAAAUCAAGAGCUUGGAUCGUGAAGGCCAAGAUCUACGCUCAGAUGGGUAACCACCUCCGUUCGAUGGAUUCACUCCUUACGUGUCUGGAAGAGCUUGGUGUGCAUCUACGAGAGCCUACGACUUACGAUGAAUGCGAUGAUGCGUACCGUAAUCUUCGCGCGUACCUUGAGCAAGCGGACUUAGAAGCUAUUGUCCGUAAGCCCGUCAGCAAGGAUGUCGACAUGAUCACUAUUGGGGAAGUCAUGGCUGAGGCGAUGGCUGUCACGUACUGGGAUGAUGCACUAACAUUCUACCGGAUGGCCAUUGAGAUGAUGAACCUACAUCUCUUCAAAGGCGGGUUUGUGCAGAUUUCUAUCGGCUGUUCGCACCUCGCGAUGAUAUCGUUCAGCCGAUUUAGGGACCUGGAGCUCGCCGUGAGGCUGAGCGAUUUCGCGCUCACCCUCCUUGAGCGGUGUCCUGAACAGUGGACUCAAAGCCGGGGCUCUAUCGUACAUAACCUUUACGUCGGCCACUUGCGCGUUCCGCUGUCUUCGACACUCCCAAAUCUCGAGGCCUCUGUGGAGACAUCCUUCUCGAUGGGCGAUCCUUACAUCACCCUAAUCAGCUUGUCUUCGAUGGCGAUGACAAGACUAUAUCUGGGCCAUGAUAUGGCUCAGGUGGAGGCGUUCUGCAACGAAAGCCCAGAAGACAUUCCCGACUGGGUCAAUGAUACCCGUGGUGGUGCUAGUCUGCUUGCAGUAAGACAAGUUGCGCGUGCUUUGCAAGGUAAAACGGCCUGUCGUUCUCCUGACACUAUUAUGUCCGACGAGCACCAUCACACGAACGAGUACAUCGCUUUCCUGGACAACAAUGCCAGUAACGCUGAUCGCCCGCGAGACAUUUACUGGGGCCUUGCAAUGAUUCCGCUAUUUGCAUAUGGACAUCAUACUAAGGCUAUACAGCUGGGUAUGCAGAUGAUGGAGACUAUGCCCAGGCUGUGGUCUGCUCGUGUUUCAUACGUAGUCUAUUUCUAUCUCGCCCUUUCUCUUUUGACUCUUCACAACGAGUACCCUGCUCGCGGGUAUCUUGAUGGAAGCCUGCAUACGGUCUUGAAGUAUAAAGCUGAAGUGGAUUUCGCGCGCAGUGCUUGCGAUGCCAAUUAUGGAAUGUGGUCCUUGAUAUUGGAGGCACUGAUAUGCGAAGUCCGGAAUGACCAUACUUCUGCAAUUCAAUCUUUCGAAGCUGCAAUCGAUCAUUGUCAAAUUCAUGGGUGGCCCUUGGAGGAAGCGCUUGCUCUAGAACUGCAUGGAGAGUUCCUGAUCCGUCGCGGUGCCAAAAGGGCGGCGCGUUCUGUCAUGCAAGACGCAAUUGCCGCAUGGGCCGCGAUAAGCGCCGUGGGUAAGGCGGCGCAGCUGACCGAGAAGCAUGAAUGGCUAUUGAAAACCGCCACAUCCUCGAGGAACGUUGACGCUGGCUGUCAAACCGUGGACUCGCUGCUCGGAAUCAAUCGCAAUACCGGCCAAGAACACAUGGGAGUAGCACAAAAUAUGGAAGAAGAUGACAGAAAACAACGCUGGAUAGAACAAAAUGGCGUUACUACGGGUGAACGUUCAUUCGACAUAUCUGGCGUCGGCCUUGAUAUUAUCGACUUAUCAAGCAUCCUCGAAUCUAGUCAAGUGAUGUCCUCGGAGCUUCAGAUCGAUAAACUUUUGACGAAGAUGAUUGAGAUCGUUCUGGAAUCCUGCAAUGGCUCAGAUUCUGCGGUCAUUGCGACCAAUUUUGAUAAUAACUUCACGGUCGCUGCGGCUGGGGACUUGGAGAAAGGACAAAAGUCUUUCGUGGAUGGCCUUCCGUUCUCCGAAAUCGAGGAUAAGAUGGCGCAUCAGAUCUCUCACUACGUCAUGCGCACUAGGGAGGAAGUUCUGGUCCACAACGUUUUGGAGGAUGAGCGUUUCUCGAACGUCAAUGAGGGCUACCAAGCCAGGUAUCCCCUUGGACGGUCCGUGAUCGCAUUGCCUAUUAUGCAGGCCGAGCAUCUGCUCGGUGUCAUCCAUAUUGAAGGCAAACCGAAUUCAUUCACCCAGCGGAAUGUUGUGGUUCUUCACUUGCUUUGCAACCAGAUUGGUAUCUCGCUUUCCAAUGCGUUGCUCUUCCGCGAAGUGCGUAAGGUCAGCGCUACCAAUGCGUCUAUGGUGGAGGCUCAAAAGCGCGCACUUGCCCAGGCUCGCGAGGCGGAGCAGAAGGCUAAAGUGGCCGAGGCUGAAGCAAAGCAUAACGUGAAGCUGAAAGAAGAUGCAGCAAAGGCCAAGUCCAUCUUCUUGGCUAAUAUAUCUCACGAUCUGCGCACACCGAUGAAUGGCGUUAUUGGUUUGUCAGAACUCCUCAAGGGUACCAAGCUGGACAGAGAGCAGGAUGAAUAUGUGGAAUCGAUCCGUGUCUGCGCUGACACGCUGCUCACACUCAUCAACGAUAUCCUUGACUUCUCCAAGUUGGAGGCAGGCAAGAUGAAGAUCUCUACCGUACCCCUCAACAUUCGGGAAACAAUCUCGGAGGUGGUUCGCGCACUUCGCUAUACGCAUCGCGAUCGUGGCUUAGAGACCAUCGAGGAUCUGGACAAAGUCCCGCCAGAACUUGUGGUCCUCGGAGACCCUGUUCGCUUGCAUCAGAUCUUCAUGAAUCUUCUCAGUAACAGUUACAAGUUCACUCCCAAGGGAUCCGUGACUGUGAGAGCCAAGGUUUCCAGAGAAGGCAAGGGUCGUGUCCGUUUGGAGUGCUCUGUAUCCGAUACAGGUAUUGGAAUUUCAGAAGAACAAAAGUCCCGACUGUUCCGGCCAUUUUCGCAAGCCGAUAACUCCAUGGCGCGGUCAUAUGGCGGUAGUGGGCUUGGUUUGAGUAUCUGCAAGGCAAUCAUUGAGGACGUCCUAGGCGGUGCUAUUUGGCUGGAUUCGACCUCAGGCGUUGGAACUACGGUGACGUUCCAUCUGGCAUUCAAUAAGGUGAAAGACGCUGCCGCUAAAGCUGCCAAGAACAAGGCUGCCAAUCAGGUGGAGAACAAAGCUCCGGUUCCUACUGCUCGAGAUUUGACCAUGGUGCCCCGGGAUCAGAUCCGAGUCUGUAUCGCUGAAGACAAUCCUAUCAACCAGAAGAUUGCGGUCAAAUUCGUCAAGGGGCUCAAUCUUCAGUGCGAAGCAUACAGUGAUGGGCGGCAGGCAGUUGAAGCUCUCCGAACCAGAUCUCGUGAAGGCAACCCGUUCCAUGUGGUCCUGAUGGAUGUACAAAUGCCGACUCUCGACGGCUACAAUGCCACUCGCGAGAUCCGGAAAGACCCAGAUCCCAAUGUCAACGAAGUGUUGGUCAUAGCCAUGACGGCGAGUGCCAUCGAGGGAGACCGCGAGAAGUGCCUUGGUGCCGGAAUGAACAACUACCUGCCCAAGCCGGUUCGAUCUACUAUCUUGAGUGAGAUGCUUGACCAAUACCUUGCACCAGUGCCAGCUUACACAAGGACGCGGCUGGUGAACCGGGAACGAGGAAGUGUAAGCACUGAGGCAGGGACACCACGGAGCCACUCCAUGUCGCCUAAUAUCGACGGCCAAGCCCCCGCUCUGUCGCCUGAAGAAGAGAAGCAACUGCAAGAGCGGCAACCUAUAGAAAAUUAGCGUCGUGGUGACUUCUUCCAACCUCUACGAUGGCAAGCUUUUGCCAU